UUUAUUCAUUCUUGCACAAUUUUCCCAGUCAAAGUAGUCUCUCAACCCUUUUCCCCUCUUCUCUCUCUCUCUCUCGAUUUGUUUUCAAAGAUUCCUUCGCAUUUCGAUUCGACCCUUUUAAAUGUUUGUUUUCACCUCCUAUAUCUGCCUUCUCAACUUCGCUUCUUGCUAGGGGCUCUGGUCUCUGAACCGAACCUGUUAAUUGAAUUUACUCCCUCCCAUGUUCAUUGGGUUUUGGGGGUUUUCCUGCUCUUUCGGUUUUUGUUCUUGUUUAUGCUGUAAGAACUUCAAUUCUGAACUUGUGAUUGCAUGCAAGUGUUUGUGGAGGGUUUUGAGCGAUACCCAUUUGACUUAACAUAUGAAUCUCCAUUUUCGAACUCGGAUCUGUUGAAAUUUCUUGCUGUAAGCCGCUGAAUUUUGUGAUCCGUAGGGAGAUAAGUGGUCAGACUGUGAGAUUUUGAACCAGUUCCAUGGGGAUUUGCUUUAGCGCCAGGAUUAAAGCUGUUAGCACAUGCAGUACAGGAGGAAACUUAACCGGUGUUAGCCGAGAUGCGAUCAAUCUCUCUAGUUCAAGCAGCAACAGCAAGUUCUCAUCAACAUCAAUUCCUCGGAGUGAGGAUGAGAUUCUUCAGUCCACAAAUCUGAAGAGCUUUAGUUUUUCAGAACUUAAACUGGCUACUAGGAAUUUCCGUCCUGAUAGUUUGUUGGGGGAAGGUGGGUUCGGUUCGGUUUAUAAAGGUUGGAUCGAUGAGCAUUCAUUUUCUGCUGCCAAGCCAGGGUCUGGCACGGUCGUUGCAGUGAAAAGGCUUAACCUAGAUGGUCUCCAAGGUCACAAGGAGUGGCUGGCUGAAGUCAAUUUUCUGGGACAACUCCAUCAUUCUCACCUUGUGAAACUGAUAGGCUACUGUUUGGAAGAUGAACAUCGAUUGCUGGUUUAUGAAUUCCUUCCUCGAGGCAGUUUAGAAAACCAUUUGUUUAGAAGAGGUCUGUAUUUUCAACCUCUUUCUUGGAGCCUUCGCUUGAAGAUCGCUCUUGGCGCUGCAAAGGGACUGGCUUUCCUUCACAGUGAUGAAAACAAAGUUAUCUACCGUGACUUCAAGACGUCAAAUAUUCUCCUUGAUUCAAACUACAAUGCAAAACUCUCUGAUUUUGGGCUGGCCAAGGAUGGACCGACAGGCGACAAAAGUCACGUCUCGACCAGAAUUAUGGGGACGUAUGGAUAUGCAGCACCUGAAUAUCUAGCCACAGGUCAUCUUAGUGCCAGGAGUGAUGUGUAUAGUUUUGGGGUUGUUCUAUUGGAGAUGAUAUCUGGUCGAAGAGCAAUUGACAAAAAUCGACCACCGGGGGAACAGAAUCUGGUCGAAUGGGCCAAACCCUUGCUUGCUAAUCGACGCAAGACUUUUCGUUUACUUGAUGCACGUAUUGAACGCAACUACUCCAUGGAAUCAGCUUUUAGAUUAGCAAUCCUUGCAUCACGUUGCCUAUCUGUAGAACCCAAGUUCAGGCCGAGUAUGGACGAAAUUGUUACAACGUUGAAUGAUCUCCAGGAUUCGAAAGGAACUGGAGGUACAAGAAGAUCCAGGACUUGUAAGCAAAACACAGACAAUGGCAAUUCACACAAGGAAGUCGCUGCUUAUCCUAGACCAUCUGCAUCUGCUCUCUUUACAUAAGUUUGGGUCUUCGGAAAAACAUAACGAAAAUGAAAACCCGACGAGGUGAUCUGAGAGAGGAGGAAAGAAUCCCGGCUUAUAUAUUGUUGAGCGGUUGUAUAGUCAGUGUUCUUAUUUCCACUAAUGCAUACUUAAAUUGCUACAUGGGAAACAGAAGUAGGGAGCAGGGUUGAAAAUGCUAUUGCUGUAGCCUGUAGUGAUGGGUAUAGCUAUUUUGUGUUUCAGUUUUGUAAUGCUUUUCUCCUUCUUCUUACCAGAUUUCUGUCAAGUGGGAUCUGUGUUAUUGAGUUUAUUGUAAAAUGCAUAGUUAAUGAAUGAAAAAAGGAUUUGUAUACAACCAUUUGGCACU